UGAUGCCGUACCUAUUGCGCGUCAUCUGGCGUGCCGUUGAUCUGGGCCCUCAAUGCACGACUUCUACAACCAUGUAGGUAUCUCAUGCCACCCAAGUUCCUCUAUACUCUCUUCUUCCGAUCAUGUAUUACAUUCUAAAAGCAUACAGCCCUAAUCCUCCUCUUCCUCGCCGUCGUAAACCACAUGCUCUAUCACUUCAGAGAACAGUCACGUGGGGACGCGUUGACGUGGUCCGCGUUCCUUCCCAAACACUCGCAAUGACGCAACGAAAGCCACUCAUAAAACAUUGCCUCCGAAGCACCUUUCUACUCUUAUCACCUCAUCAGCAUCCGACUGCCUACUUUUGCACGCACUGCAGCUCUCGCUUCAUUCAAAAGCUACUACGACUAAAUCUCUCAGCUGUGGUCACACAGCCCUCACUUGAACCAAAUUGACGUCUAGUGCUUCUCCUCACCUACCAUGUCUCGCUUUGAGCAGCUACCGUCAGCAGUUCGCCGCCGGAUCCUCGGAUACCUUUUGAUCUCGGAGCAUGUUCGCCAGUCGCCUAACCAUCUGCUCGUGGAGCACUACGUGUUCGAGGUGAACAUCCUACGUGCCAAUCGCGCUAUCAACAAGGAAGCUAAGGCGAUCCUCUAUGAGGAGAACAAGUUCGUCAAAGUGAACAAUUACUUCGUCGACGCUCACAAUUCCAUGUCCAAUCAUGAGGUCCCCUUCUUCAAGCUCAAGGGCGGUUUCGAACACCAUGUCACCGAGAUCACGAUCAAGUUCGAUCCUAUGAAUAAACGUAUGCCUUCCUCGAUGAAGUUGAAAAAGCCCGCCACGUUCCUCCUCCUGUUGGCCGACAUUCCCAAGUACACUCGCCUCCUUCGCCUCCUCGAUCUCGCCAACUUCAUGGGCUACCAGUUCGACUUCAAGCUUCACCAACCCCCAUCCUCGGUUACGCUCCUCUCGAGUGUGGACCAAGAGAGGUUGCUCGGCCCUUUUGAACAAGUGCGUGGCGCAGCUAUGGUCCAAAAUGUCACCUUCUCGGGCACAUUCGACCCUGCUAUCGUGAAGCGUAUAAUGCAAGCCAUGACUCGCAAAGUCGCCUGGCUUCGGGCUGGAGCAUGGGAGGUUCACGAUAUUGCCCUUUCGAUCAAGCGCAUGGGUGAUUGGGCGCUCCGUCUCAACAAUGCUGACAUGGCUUUGGCCAAGUACGAGGACACUCGCACGUUUAUGAUUACUACUAUGAAGCUGAACAGCAUGAUGUCUGGCCUCGACAUCGAGUUCGACAAGGCCCUUUGCCGUAUCGAAUGUACGACCUGGGUGGACACGGCCUUGCUCAUGCUCUCGGACGCGAUGCUGAAAGAAGCUGGAAAGCGAGUGUAUGAUGCGGUCCCGAAUAUGAUCAUCCAUAUAGAGGCGGCCGAGAGGAUGGCUGCGAAGGGAAAGUCCACUGUGCCAGCCCCUGUCAUCAGUCGCUUCUACUACUUGCUCGGUAUCGCAGAGCUGGGUCUUUCUCAUCCUGUCAAAGCUGCCAAAGCCUUUGCUAAAGCAUACAAGUUGGUUUCCGACAGCCCAACGAAGGAAGGCUACGAAGUUGCCAAAGAGUGGAAGGAUCUGGGCAAGAAUGCGCGAACUGCGCGUCUCAACGCCGUCCUUACAUCGAUGCCAAAGGAGCCGCUUGCCAUUCCCGACAUGAAAGCUUACAUAACCCCCGAAGUUGCAUCUGAACACUGGGUCAUGCGUGAACUCGGUUACCAGGGAGCUUUCCCGUACGAAGACAAAAUCAAGGGCGCUCUGUGUCUCAUUUUGACGAACAAACCGCAUCCCAACCACCACAACCAGGGCCCUCGCACUGCUCAAGUCGGUGAUGUGAAGCCAGAGGUUUUGCGCAAGGUUGUCGAGAAGUAUCGCAAGAACAUCAACUUACCGCUCGCGCAUGGUCGACUGAUCGGCUGGGUCGGUCUCAAUGUAGAUGACAUUGGCGAGGAGACGAUUCUUGACCAGCCGGGCUACGUUGAUGCGAUGAAGAACAUGAACCUUAGAGGCAGCGGAUGCGCUAGUCAGUGAAAUCUGCCGAGGUGAGCGGAUAUAUGUCAUGGGGUGAGCAGGCGCACUCUGUACGAAUGGCGUACUGAUCUGGCGUCUAAACCAUUUAGUGAAAAUAUCGAUCCCACUAGGACUAGGUAGCAUAGUCAGGUUAUGUACUUACUACGUCACUGAGAACGCCAUCACGGCGUAAGAACCCAGAACUAUGUAUCACAAGUUCGUAUACAUGUUUUAUAAUGAAC